UCUGACCCCAGGAGAGGGAGGAGAGAGAGAUUGACAGAAGGAGAGAGAUACAUUGACAGAAGGAGAGAGAUACAUUUGUGCUGUGGAGAGGGAGGGAGAGUCAGGCAGGAGAGUGGAUGUGAAAAGAGACAUUUGAGAAUAAUCAUUGAAUCUCAGGUAAUCUCAAGGAGAACCAGCUAUGCCACUCUUGCCCCUCACCCCACUGUGUCUCUGCACCUUGUCUCUUCUUCUCCUCCUGUCUCAAGCCCUUGCCCAAAGUGAUUCUGAUCUUCUGGUCACUACUCGUUCUGGUAAAGUACGUGGUGUCCGGCUUCCAGUACUCUCGGGUUAUGUCAGUACUUUUCUAGGCAUCCCCUUCGCUGAGCCUCCAGUGGACAAAUUGCGUUUCAGACGAUCAGAGCCCAAGAAGCCAUGGGGAGAUGUAUGGGAUGCAACCUCCUACCCGAAUGCCUGCUAUCAGUAUUUUGACACACUAUAUCCUGGCUUUCCUGGCAUUGAAAUGUGGAACCCUAAUCGUCCCAUGAAUGAAGACUGCCUAUACUUAAAUGUCUGGGUCCCUCAUCCACGUCCUACCAAUGCAACAGUCAUGGUUUGGAUCUAUGGUGGUGGCUUCUAUAGUGGAUCCUCCUCUCUGGAUGUCUAUGAUGGACGGUAUAUGAGUCAUGCUGAAAAUGUUUUGGUAGUCUCCAUGAACUAUCGAGUUGGAGCCUUUGGUUUUCUGACAUUGACACCAGGCAGCCCUGAUGCUCCAGGGAACAUGGGCCUGUUUGACCAGCGUCUGGCACUGCAGUGGGUUCAAGAUAAUAUAGCAUUCUUUGGUGGUGACCCCAGAACAGUCACCAUUUUUGGGGAAAGUGCUGGUGGUGCAUCAGCGGGCAUGCAUGUUCUUUCACCUGGCAGCCACCCUCUGUUCUCCAAAGCUAUUCUUCAAAGUGGCUCUCCAAACACACCUUGGGCAACUGUAACAGCACAAGAAGGUCGAAGACGGGCAGAAUUAUUGGGCAAGUUGUUGGACUGCAGACUUGGAAAUGACACUGAACUGCUGAAUUGCAUGAGAACAAAAUCACCACAGAUGUUGAUUGAUCAUGAGUUCUCUGUGCUGCCAACCCCCAGCAUCUUCCGCUUUGCAUUUGUACCUGUGCCUGAUGGAGACUUCUUUCCUGAGCCUCCUGAUACCCUGAUGAGCAUGGGGAGGUUUAAGUCAUGUCCACUGAUUGUAGGAGUUAACCAGAAUGAGGGUUCUUAUUUCCUUCUCUAUGGAGCACCAGGAUUCAGCAAGAACAAUGAGAGCCUACUUACAAGAGAAGACUUUUUAGGAGGUGUUAAGAUGAGUGUUCCAAUGGCUAAUGACAUUGCACUGGAGGCAGUGGUAAUGCAAUACACAGACUGGGCAGAUGAACAUGCUGGUGCUAAGAACCGGGAGGCAAUGGAUGAUUUGGUGGGAGAUCAAAACGUAAUUUGUCCUGUGACUCACUUUGCUGGAAAAGCAUCAGAGUUUGGAAACAGGGUGUAUGCCUACUUCUUUGACCACAGGGCAUCCAACUUAGCCUGGCCACAGUGGAUGGGUGUACCACAUGGAUAUGAGAUUGAGUUUGUCUUUGGUCUUCCUCUGGAUGUCAGUCUGAACUAUACCCCAGAAGAAGCAGAGUUAAGCCGGAAGAUUAUGCGAUACUGGGCUAACUUUGCAAGGACCGGUGACCCAAAUGAAGGUAGUGAUGUCCGUCUACAACGUUGGCCUCUGUACACUGGGACAGAGCAGAGGUACAUAGCGCUCAAUAACAAGCCUGCGAAGAACCUGCAGGGAAUCAGAGUCCAGACGUGUAUCUUCUGGAACCGUUUCCUGCCCAAACUGCUCAACAUCACAGAUAAUAUUGAUGAAGCAGAGCGACAGUGGAAGGUAGAAUUUCACCGCUGGAGUGCCUACAUGAUGCGGUGGAAGAAUCAGUUUGACCAUUAUAGCAAGCAAGAGCGUUGUAGCGAGCUGUGACACCACUGUGACAUCACUAUGCCAUUGCAAAUCACAAUCCUCAGUUCUACAAAAACAAAAAAAACAGCAGAAAACUGUGAUAUAAUUGUGUUGCAAUCUUGAAUUUGCUGCACAGUUCCUCCAGACUGCAUCAAUGCAUAGGAGAUGUAAUAAUCUGUGAGACUAUUCACAUCACAACACAGACAUCCCCAUAAACCCACACACUGUCACUCAAGUGCUCUCAGCGAGAUAUAUACUUAGACACAUAAACAGUUUUACACAUGCAUUUUGUGACUCCUCGCUACAUCUCGUGUUUGCUCCUGUCCUUUGUACUGUACGUCCCCUCCUCCUUCCAGGGGCAUGUCUUCUGUAUUAUGCUGUGACCCUUCGCAUGUCCUUCUGUAUAUAGUGUUUGAUGAGAAAAAAAAAAGAUAUACAUAUAUAUAUAUAUAUAUAUAAUAUAUAUACAUAUUUAUAAUAUAUAUAUGGUGGGAGAUCUAUGCGUAUGCUAUUUAUUUGUGAUGCUGUGAAUGUCAGACCUCAUACCUCCCACCAGAUGCCAAAGUGAAAAUAUUCCCUUGAUAUAGGUUAUGUUGUGUAUAGUAUAACUAUGCAUACAUUGUAUGUAUUGUCCUAUAAUUACCUUCCCACUAAAUGCAUUAUAUUUAUUGUGCACCACAACAAACCCCAUUUUACUUGUUUCCCUUCAUGAGCAAACCUAUAUGUGCUCUGAUCCCCUACAUUGACUGUACAUCGCAUAUUAUACCCAAUGGCCUACUUGUUGGAUGUUCAGCAUUAGCUACAAAUACACAUACUCACGUUAUAAUAACAUGUCUUACACACACUCCAAUCAAUGUCAGGUUAUAUGAAUACUGCUACAUCUUUAAGUUCCUUCAAUAUAUGUAUGCAUUCUUUGAUCUCUUCCAAUCAUCUGCUCAUCAUUUAACCCCUCACUUUUUGAGAACCCAAUGACUUCCAUGCAAUACUGCUGUAUGAACAAUCAUAUGUGUACAAUGUAUAAUACCCACCUACUUAUGAGUUAUAUUAAAAUAAAACUAAUUUAUUUGUUUUUACAAU